UUGUUUUCUUGUAAUAAGUGUCAAGAUUGGAGACCCAGAAGACAAGGUCUUCAUCAGAGAAUUGGCCAGAAUGGAGUUUACCACCACCUUCAGAAGAUAGCCUGAGCCAGGAAACUUGGAAAGAAACUAGUAUGGAAAUGGGAGAUGACAAAGCUGGAGAAAGAACUGUUUCUUCAGAUGGGCGGAACUUGCAGCAAUUUUGGAAUGAUAACCCUCCUUUGUUAUCACCAGCACCUUUACCAGCUGUAGUCCCUGCUAGCCAGUUGGAGCAAUCUGCUGCACCUGACACAAGUGUUACAGAGAAAGAGGAAGGCAGGAGUUCAACAUGGCAGAUCAAUUCAGGUCAAGGGCUUUCAUCAAAAGUCACAUGGCCAUCCAGUUCCCUAAAGGAAAAGUUGAUGGUUCGGUUAGAAUUACAUAGAGACUCUAUGGAUAUCCUUAAAAUAGUGCUAAGGAUCAAUGAAACCCAAGGCAAGACAGUUCAAGAGGUUAUUGCCCUUGCUGAAGAAAAAGAUGGAGAACUGUUUCUUGAUACAUGGAGGCUCAUCUUUGAACUUCUCUCAUUAACAAAAGAUUUUGAGAAACUUGUCGAUGCUGAUCAUUGGCCAUUGACAAGUGCUACUAAAACAUUAGAGAAUGCUCUUCAAGACCAACAUGCAAGGGAUAUUAAUUAUAACACCUGCAAGAGAAGUCCUCAGGAGAAUGUACCAUGUAGAGCGUCAAGAUUGGAGACCCAGAAGACAAAGUCUUCAUUCAAGAAUGGGCCAGAGCGGAGUUUACCACCACCUCCAGAAGAUGACCUGAGUCGGGAAACUUGGAAAGAAACUACUUUCAUGGAAACAAGAGAUGAUGAUACAGAACAUCAGAAUCUAGUAGUUGAUGAAGCUGGAGAAAGAACUGUUUCUUCAGAUGGGCAGAACUUGCAGCAAUUUUGGGGUAGUGACACAGAUGAAAGUAUAGAUAAAGAGGACCACAGUGGUUCAGCAUGCCAGAUUGACACCAUUCCAGGUCUAUAUUCAGUUGACUCAAGGACCUCAAGCACUGGAACAAGACCAGUGACCCCUGAAGGAGCAAGUAACCCUGUGGGCAGACUUACAGGUCAUCACUUACAACUGAACCAGGAGGCUAGUCAGGAAAAUGAUUUGGUUGGAGAAACUUGUCCAUCUGUAACUGAUGAUGCAACUGAGAACAGUGAUGACUUUCAGCAGAGCCCAAGGGAAAGGUCCUUAGAGCUUGAAGCUUACCAACUGGAGCUACAGUGGUGUGAACAGCAGUGUGCUCAGCAACAAGGAACCAUUAAUGAAUUACAAAGAAUCUUGUAUGACAGCAUUUUUCUGGAGGCAGAAAAUCAGCAAUUGAUAAGAAUGACCCAAGAGUUGAGUGAAAUGAAAGAUCAAGAAAUUGAGCAACUCACACAGUUGUGUGGCCAGAAAGACCAGGAUUAUGAAAGAAUGGCAGAGUUGUGUGACCAGAAAGACCAGGAUAAUGAAAGACUAGCAGAGGUAAAUUUUUUUCCUUAAAUAAAAGAAAUAGGCAACAAAUGUAAUAGGAGCAUUUUUACUGUUGGAAAUAAGGGUCUGUGUCUCCUUGAAGAGGUUAAUGCCAGCCACAACAUACCAUUUAUCACUUCAAGUUUUAAAUGUUUUACUGCAAAUACACUUGCAAGAUGUGUUGGGGUUAUUUAUCACUGACUGAUUACAGCUUCACCAGGUGGCAGAAUGUCAAU